UAUGAGAAUUGCAGUCCAAGAAAUGUACGCGCGCAGUGUCUAUUUCAGUGAGCCACUCACAUGAGCCCUGAUAUCUAUAUAUCUACCCUCUUGCAUCUCCUUGAGUCACGGACAAGGACACUCUUGAGCAUUUCAAACCAACUUUUAAAGACUUAAGGAGGAACUAAGAGCUUCUAUCAUGUCUGAAGACACCCAUCAGAAACCAAAGUCAAAAAUCACUGCAUCACGCAGAUUGUUCUUGAAGACUAAACUGUUAAAGAAGGCAAUGAUUAUGCUGGAGGAGGAAAAGCAAAGGAGACAAGCUGAUCGAGAGAAGAUCCUUGAUGAGAGAUUACCAGCCCUACAACUUUCAGGCCUGUCGAUGCAAGAACUACAGAAUCUAUGCAAAGAGCUUCACCAGAAAAUUGAUAAGGUCGAUGAAGAGCGCUACGAUUUUUCUGCCAAAGUGGCAAUAAAUGACAAAGAGAUACAGAACUUGUCUCUAAAGAUCUUUGAGCUGAAGGGCAAGAUGAAGAAGCCAAACCUUAAGAAGGUGAGGAUGUCUGCAGGAGCCAUGCUGGGAGUUCUGCUGGGUGCGAAGGUAAAAGAGUCUGUGGACUUCAAGGCAAACCUAAAGACUGUGAAGAAGGAGGAGGAAAAGAAAGAAGAGGUGACCGACUGGCGUAAGAACGUGGACGCCAUGUCUGGGAUGGAAGGGAGGAAGAAGCUGUUUGAUUCUGCCCAGUAGAUUUGUGAUUAUUGUCGGAGUAAUCACUGUGGAAGGGCUACUGAUAUGUACUCUAGAUUCAGUUCAUGUUGUGAUCAAUUCUAAUACAGUUUGUGUUUGUAUAUGAUUAAGGUGACCUUGCUGGGAUCAUUGUUGUUGAAUACACACUAAUGUAUUAUGGUAUUCAGCUCUCUCGUGUGUCUAUAUGUCACCUAAGUAAUAUUACCUCAUUAUUAAACCACUUCUUUAGCACUGGCUUAAAAUACAAAUAUGCAUAGAACAGUAAAUAUAAAAAAGUCUUAAGGUUAUCCAAAAAACUUUGUACUUUUUUCUGUUUUACUGCAUUGAAAGUCAAUACACAUUCUUAUUGCAGUUUAUACAAAAAUCAGUCAAUUAUGCUUCACUCUAAGGUUUUUUAUCCUUCAAAAUAUAUGGGAAGUUACUGUGAAUUAUUGAGAUAAAACAGUCUUAUGAUUCAUGUCUAAAUAAAUACAACUUUGAAGCACAGUUUAGAAAGCUGUUGUUUUAAGGGGAACAAAUGCCUGUUUAUCCUUCAAUAAACCUCCAGUAUGUUCGCUAUAUUUACUUGUUGUCCAACCUAAAAUGUUGUUAUUCAUAUAUUAGACCUGUUUUUUUCAUUUAUAUGUCCAACAUUUUAAUAUUUAAACAGCUUUCUGUUCUCUACAAAAGUGACA